AUGCUGUCGGAUGUUAUGGUCGGCCACGAACGAGACCAUAGCCCAAAAGUGGUAGAUCUCGCUAGUAUCAACGAAAUCCCGGGAAAUAUGCCUGCUCCUCCGUCGAAGGAGAAUAAGAAGCAGGUCGAAGCCAAUGGUCAGACCGGCGCAAAUGGCAAUAUUCCUCCGCCAAAGACAGACAAGCCGAGACCUCAUGUCUGCACCACCUGCGGUCGCUCCUUCGCGCGAUUGGAGCACUUGAAGCGUCAUGAGCGCUCGCACACCAAGGAGAAGCCCUUCGAAUGUCCUGAUUGCGCGCGAUGCUUUGCUCGCCGUGAUCUGUUGCUGCGGCACCAGCAGAAGUUGCAUAUGACGACGACUCCGUCCUCCCGGCCCAGGAAUGGUCGCCGAGAGAGUACGGGGGCUGCGGGUGCGGGUGCGGGCGCCAAUCGGGUGCGCAAGAACUCUAUCGCUAACAACUCCUCCUCGAUGCGGCCUCGUGCCAAUACUAUUAGCCACAUCGGUGGAACGGCGUUGGGCCUUCCCGAUGCGAGCAAUCAGUCUUCUGCGCCUGGUCAAUCCGGCCACGCAUACCACCCCAGCCUAGGAUCUUCGCUCGGCUCCAGUGUGGACUAUAGGGGGUUCAGCUCCGGCCAUCCCCCCGUGAAUGGCCUGACCAAGCUGGAAACGUCGGGCCUCCCCGUGGAUAUGUCCGGGGGAUUGCGAACAGCGCCCGUGUACGGGAGCUUCGACAUGGGUAUCGAUGGUAUGCUCAUGGGUCAUGGCAGUACCAUCAAUCCUGCUCAAUUACACUUUGCAGGUUCUCCACAGGGCUUUGGUGACUCCCCUUCCUCCCCAUUUGGCCACCACCCCCAUGGCUUGCCUUCCCACGCGGAUCCCAUGAUGGACGAGGAAAUGAACUUUGACUGGAUGAAUGGCUUCGACGCGGCCGUGGCGUUGGGAAACGGUAAUGACUCGGUCAUCGACGAGUCCUCGCCGUCGGCAAUGAGCACGGGCAGCCAGAGCGGCAUCAGUGAGGCCAUGCUGGACGGACCCAAUCGCAUUCCCAUUUCUAACGGUUGGCACAACCCGUUCCCCUCACACACGGCGGCUGCAGCCAACCAAUUUGCGAUCGACUUCUCGCCGACGACGCUGAAUGAAUUGGGGAUCCCGCCAGAGACCGUCUCGCCCAAGUCGCUGAUGGCCCAGAACCCGUUCGCGGAGACCUAUGCCACACCCCCAUCCAUGACCUCGGUCGGCCAGCCCAUCUUGGGAGGACACUCGCAGAGUAUGUUUUCAUCCUCUAUGGCAACAAGCGGAGAAUCUCCUAAUCCUUUCAACGUUCCUUUCCCGAAUAGUGCCCUACGAAGUCAACAUUCCCCCAUCUCAACGGAUACCUUUACAGACUCCACACGACAGGCUCUAUUAGCGAGCAUGUCCAAACCCGCUGGCUUCAAUCAUCGCAAGUACUCUCAACCCGCUUCUGGACUCCUCCAUAGUCGUGAGCUGUUUACCCGCUCGACUGGCUUCAACAGCUCCGGUCAAUUGCCCAGCACCUCGGAUAUGCAGCGCUACAUCUCGGCCUACAUCACAUAUUUCCACCCCCACUCACCGUUUCUUCAUAUCCCAACCCUCAAUUUCCAGGCCCCCGAAUAUACGAGUAGCCUGCGCAUGCCUAGCGGGCAUCUCAACCUUAGUUCAACCGGCGUCGCAGGAGGCGGUGGCUGCUUGAUUCUCUCAAUGGCUGCCAUCGGUGCUUUGUACGAAUACGACACUGCUGCGUCCAAGGAUUUAUUCGAGGCCGCGAAAAAGAUGAUUCAAUUGUAUCUGGAAGAGCGACGAAAGGCUGACAUGUCUGCUGCGUUGAGCCGUUCCAACUCUGUCCGGGAUAACUCGGUGCACAACACUCCACUGUGGCUCGUACAAGCUAUGCUGUUGAAUGUGAUUUACGGUCAUACGUGCGGGGACAAGACGUCUGCAGAUAUUGCUAGUACCCACUGUGCUGCUCUUGUUAGCUUGGCACGCGCUGCAGAGUUGACCCAUCAUCUGGGUCCCAAGAACCUGCCGCAAGACCAUCUUAACUCUGGAUUUGCCACGUCGGGUUCAUCGGAUAUGGAGAACUGGAUGUCAAACUCAUUUGGCCAGCCAGAGGAACGACGUGAUUGGUUAAACUGGAAAGUGGUGGAGGAACGGAAGCGUACACUCUACGCAAUCUUUGUCCUCUCCAGCUUCCUGGUUUCCGCAUACAACCACGCGCCCGCUCUGACAAACUCUGAGAUCAGGCUUGAAUUGCCUUGUGAAGAGGACCUCUGGGCAGCCGAGUCGCCCCAGGCGUGGAAGAAGAUGGGCGGGCAGACCGCCACCACGAAGGGCGUUUCUUUCUCGGCUGCUUUGACGUCUCUUUUGACCGCCAGUCAACGUGAGCAGCAGAACCAAUCUUCGAACUCGUUCUUCGGUGGCGAUAGCGCGGAUGAUCCGACGAAUGCUGAGAACCGGCCUAGUACGUUUGGCUGUCUAGUUCUCAUCUAUUCUCUGCACAACUAUAUCUGGGAAACGAGGCAGAGGCAUAUGGGCCGUCAGUGGACCGCCCAAGAGACCGACGCCAUGCAAUCACAUAUCGAGCCGGCCUUAAGAGCAUGGCAGGCAGCGUGGGCUAGCAACCCUGUCCACAGCCUGGAACGUCCCAAUCCAUUCGGAGCGGGUCCGCUGUCAGCGGAUAGCAUCCCGCUCCUGGAUUUGGCAUAUGUUCGGCUGUUCGUCAACCUGGGCCGGUGCAAGGAGGCGUUCUGGCAACGGGAUUGGAACGGCAUGGCGGAUGAGCUUGCACGGGGCACAGAGGUCUUCCAGCAAGCCGACGGCCCCAUCAAUGAUGUGGUAGACCCUUCUCUCACCGGCUCGCUCGAUGCUCGGAGAGGGUCUAUGAACGACUUGGGCGUCGGCGAGCUAGCGAUUUCCAAAAAUGACCAGCCCAUGCAGUCUCUUUCAAGUGUGUACAAGACUGGUCAGUCCAAGCGAGAGAAGCACCUCCGCAAAGCAGCCUUCUAUGCUGCAGACUCGAUCUCCAUGUCCGACCGCCUUGGCAACACAUUCGCCGAGUUCUCAUCCCGGGAACUUCCCAUCCAAUGCGCGAUGUGCGCCUUUGACUGUGCCCAAGUCCUCGCCGAAUGGAUCACCACCGUUCAGGAACGUGUUGGUCCCUAUCUCGGCAUCCUAGGGCGUGAUGACAUCGACCUGACCCAGGUCCCGGGGGUCAUGCUUCUCGAAGACGAGGACUGCAAACUCAUCGAAAAGAUCAAGGAUAUCCUCAGCAGCAUUGAGACGAAGAUGCAGCGCACUGUGCAGAACAGCAACUCCAUGUCUGUGCUGAGCGUCAUGCAACGCCUGCCCAGCGUCGUGGAGGGUGGGUACGGGUGUAAAAUAUUGAUUGCUACGGCAAGUCUGCUUGACCGGGCGGCUGUGUGGCCGGUGACGAAGUUGAUGGCGCGUUCGCUCGAGGCGCAGGCCAUGCGAAUGAAAGAGCGUGCGGAGCAUUCGAGCUCGCAUGGUGCUAUGAUGACUUCUUAA